AUGCUGGGCGCCGCCAGACCGGGCUCCCCGGCCCCGCCGCCGCCGUCUCCCCUCGCGCUCCGCGGCCUGUACGCCUGGCUGGACCGACUGCCGCUCAGCCGGCCCAAGCGCCACCUGGCCCGGGACUUCAGCGACGGCGUGAUGCUGGCGGAGAUUGUGAAGCAUUACCACCCCAGGCUCGUGGACCUGCACAACUACGUGCCCACCUGCAACACGGACCAGAAGCUCAGCAACUGGAGCACUCUCAACAGGAAAGUCUUUCACAAGCUGCGUUUCUGUGUCUCAGAGGGGGAUAUCCGAAAGGUGGUGGCCAACACGCCCGGGGCCAUCGAGCCCAUCUUGUGCGCGCUGAAGGAAAAGGUGGUGGACGGCGCUGUCCGCGCGGACCCACCUGGCGCAGGCGUGCUCGUCGGUGCAUUUGUACGUACCGCCUUUGAGCCUGCCGUCUGCCAUCGGGACCCCACCGGUGGGCCCCGGGAGCACCUGAACACUGGGGUGCAGCAGCUGCUGGAGGAAAAGGAGCAGGCGCUGGCCAUUCUGCAGGAGACCGUCCAGGACUGCCCCCCUAACAGCGGGCCAGCGCUCGGCGGCAAGGGGGGAGGAGGCCGCCCCUCCCGUGACUUCCGCAGGGCCUUUCCGGGGGUCCCCUUAAUGGCCUGGGGUCUGAUUGGGGGCCGCGUGGCCUUGCAGCAUGGCUGGGGGUCCCCCUUGCAGCUUGGCUGGCUGGACACUCAGCUCGGGCCGAAACUGCCCGGCUCUGCCAGGUGGGCGGGGCGAGAGACGUGUGUCUCCCUGAAGGUUUUGCAGAUGAAGGUCAUCAGGCUGGAGCACCUGGUGAAGCUGAAGGACCAGCGGAUCAGUGAGCUGACCAGACGUGGGACUGAGCCCCAGUGA